AUAAGUAAUUAUAAGUUGUUAAGAAUGAAGGGACUUUUAACUAAAGUGGUUACUUUAGGGAUUAUAAACCAGAUAUAUCUAAAUGCUGAAGAGUUCAAUUCUCAAAAUGUUGCUAUUAUAUCGGGUCAGCGAGCCCAAAUCGGACAAUUUCCAUGGCAUGUUCUGUUAUGGUUAGGCGAAAUAGACUACGAAAGAGGGAUAUGUGGCGGUUCUAUUAUAUCCAAUAAUUGGGUUUUAACAACUGCCGGCUGUGUUUAUGAAAGUUAUUCAGUGGAUUUGGUAUUUGGAACCAUAGAGCUGAACAAAAAUAAUAUAACAAUGACCUCUACAGUUAUAAUUAUACAUCCUGAAUUUAAUAGGGAAGUUUUGACAAAUAAUAUAGCAUUAAUUGAACUACCUACGACGUUGGAGUUUUCAGAUAUUAUACAACCCAUUCAAUUGAUGUCUUUGGCAGAGAUUUCAAGAAAUUUUACUGGCGUUGAAGUCAUUAUAACUGGUUUUGGUCGGUCAGAACAAAAAAUCCAAAUUUUUCCCAUUGGUUAUUAUGGACAUCUUUAGAAAUUAUCGAUAUAACUACAUGUUCUAAGUCGUACGAUACACCAGUUUCCGAAACAGAAUUGUGUGCGCAUGGUUUAGGUGGUUUCGAUUCGUCUGCAUGCGAUGGCGAUGCUGGUAGUGCAUUAGUUUGGAAGAAUAAUUUUGAACGUCUUAUACAGAUUGGCAUAUUUUCGUAUACAAAGCUUAAUCAAUGUUUGUUAUUUCCAAAUGUUUUUACUAAAGUGACACCUUAUUUAAGAUUUAUUCGCAAUAUCACGGGUUUACAUUUUGAAUAAAAAAAACCUAAAUUUAAGGAACUAUGGUAAUGCAAUGUUAAAACAAUAAUAAUAAAAAUUGUUAAUAAAAAAUGGUGGACCGCCCAAUCUUAAAUAUAUGUCUGUUAUAAUACAUUGUAUGCCAAUAUCUGGGUACC